AUGUCAGCUUCAAGGAGGCGUCGCAUAGCGGCAAAUGACUCGCAGCUGUCAGACGAGGAAUGGCAGGAUCUCCUUGAAGAACAGGGGGCUUCUGAUGAGGAGGAAGAGGAGAGACGACGACAGGAAGAAGAUGCUUUAAGCGAGGAGGAGGAGAGACGACGACAGGAAGAGGAAGAGGAGGAGGAGUGGUGGCGACUACAGGCAGAACAGGACGAAGAUGAUUCGUACUGGUCAGAUAGCGAGGCCUGCCGGAGAUGGGAGGAAGACCAAUGGCUCCAAAGCCAAAGAGGGUACUUUUAUAGCGGGUUUGUUUAA